AUGAGGCCCAUCUUUUACGCUUUCGAUCCAUCGGGAACUACUUCAUUUGUGCCCCCAAAGUAUAAGUACUUUUCUUUCCUUUCAGACUCUCUUACUCAGAGUAUUCCCGGUCUGGAGAACACCGAGUCUAUUGAUCCGCGCGCGAAAGGAGUUCCUUGGCCAACGUCCUUCCCUGCCUGUUUACAAUGUAAAUACUGGCAUGCUGCAGAUGAUGCCGCAACAGAGCUCAUCCAUCAGAUAGAGGCCGCACAACCAGAGCGCCAGGGGCUGUUACCUUCGGGUAUGCAAACUCAAAUAGGAUCUACCACGAGUGUGACAAAGCGCGAGGAACUGAUAUUGACAUCCGCCACUGCAUCGAUAAACAUGUUCCCAGCGGCGAGCAAAGAUCGAGUCAAGAUAAUUGCUAAGGCGAACGUGCUUAUAUUCAUACACGACGAUGUUAUUGAGUCUGGAUAUGCAGACACGGGAGUUACCAUCAUCGAAAAUGUGACAUUUGACCAACUGGAUGGGGAUCAGCAAGCUGAUAAGAUCCGGUUAUGCAAAAAUGAUAUAUGGAGACAAUACGUCAAAGAGGUUCUUGAAGAGGAUCCGAUUAUUGGACCAGAGCUUCUAGGAGGUAUCAUAAAAUGGGCAGAAUAUACGCGCGUUCACACCACCAACCCACGCAUGAGAUAUAACACGUUUGGUGAAUAUGUUGAAUUUCGUAUCAGAGACUUCGCUGUAGAGUUUAUUGACGCUGCUUUAAAACUUUCCUGUCGUACCCCUUUGACAGUCGCAGAGAUGGAACCUCUUGAGUCUCUCCAUACUCUUUACAUCACACACUUCUCACUUACCAAUGAUCUUUACUCAUAUGGCAAAGAGUAUUUGGAGAUGCAAAAAUCGGGAAGUGCUCUUAUAAAUGGCGUGAAAGUCCUGCAGGAUCUUCUCUGCGUUCCCGCUGAUACAGCGAAGGUGCUGCUUCGAAGUUUCUUAUUGGUCCUUGAAUCUCAAAUUCAUGAUGCGUACGAAGCAUUGAUUGAGAAUGGGGACGUAAACACGCUUCAACUUCGCUUUGCUCGUGGAAUGAUCGAGAGCCUUGCUGGAAAUACCUUUUAUUCCGCGACAUGUUUUCGAUAUGCAAGAGUGGUUCCAGGCUCUGCAUUAAAUGUCCCCAUGGAUUGA